AUGGCAAUUCGAUUCAUAAAUUGCUAAUUUAUAAAAGAAGCAUAGCAAGUCUAAAAAAGAACAAAGAAUUAUUAGAUGGAGAAGUCAUAGGAAUUAAGCUCAGAUAUUUACAAAAUCAACAACUAAUUCUUAUGCUAAAUUAUUAAAUAAAUUAAAUAGGAAAUUAUUUUUAAUUUAUAAUUCAAUGAAGUAUUUUAUUCAUUAAUAAGAGAUAUUUCUCUCUAAAUUCCUGUUUGA